AAGAUCACUUCCCAAUAUUAGGAUGGAAGCAGUGAGGAGAUUGGGGUCAGAAAAGCCAGUGGUGAUCUUCAGCAAGAGCAACUGCUGCAUUUCCCAUGCUAUAAAGAUGUUGUUAAGCAGCUUCGGGGCGAAUCCUACGGUUUAUGAGCUUGAUCAACAUCCGAAAGGACAGGAAAUCGAGAAUGCGUUGCUAGCAUUAGGAUGCCAUCCAAGUGUUCCUGCUGUUUUCAUAGGGAAGCUUUUUGUUGGUGGUUCUGAUGAGGUUAUGAGCCUCAAUGUUCAGGGCAAGUUGAAGCCACUGCUUAUCAAGGCCAACGCUAUAUGGAUGUGAGAUUAAUCAGAUGCGCUGAAACAUCUAAUGAAUUAGCCUCGGUUCUUUUUUUUUUUUUUUCCUUCUGAAGAAAGCCACUAAGAAUCUUGGAUUAGUAUAAAC